UUCUGGGUUUCUCGCACAUGCGCAUUAUGACAGACUAGGUAAAUUCAAAAUGGCGGACGAUGUUYAACGAGCAUGUGAAUUUGCGCUUGGAAAAUUAGGUUUUGAAGAUGGUUUUCAGUUAAAUUAACUCCGAAAAUAUCUAUUGGAUAUCAAUACAAUUUCCAUUACAAAACCGACAACACUUUGAAAAAUCCGGCCCUACAGGCUUUUUUAGUGUACUUAAUUCGAGACGCCAUCUUGUUUAUUUUCCCUAGUACUGUAAUUUUUACUUUAGGUAUCUUCCUUUGUUCUCGAGAACCAAUCACAGCACAGGAAAUAUUGGAGUUUUCCAGAGCCCAAUUAUUUCGUCGAGCAUGCGCAGUAAGAAAUAAGGGCUCUGGGUACGAGAUUGGACUUUGAAUUCUAUCCCACUAUCCAAUAAUGCAACACGUCCUGACAUAAACGAUCCGCACUGCGCUGUAAACAAGAUGCCUUACGAAAACUCAAAGCCCGAAGAAGCUGAAAUCACGAUUCUUCACGUUGUUGGCUCACCAGAUUCUCUGUUUUAUUUCAAACUCUGUAUCUACUAUGCUAGCUCGUGCAAGGAGUUUGAUAAACAUGUUAGUUUUCGCUAUGCUGUGAUCCAUCCUGAUGGACUGUGGAGUUUCCCUGAUAGUCUUGAGGAUCUUGGUCCUAAUGGAAUACUGCCUCUUGAUGAAGCGAUGGCCAACAUCUCCAAGAUAAAGCCUGACGUUUUAAUGCAUCAUUUGUUUUGUAAGAGAGGAACUUCCGAAUACAGAGGUAUCCUAGAGAGACUUAAUUUCCCCAUGAUUGGCUCAAGUGCCCAGGUCGCCUCCAUCUGUCAGAGCAAAUCACAGACAAGAAAUGUUCUUCAAAAACAUGGUAUCAGAGUUCCAGAAGGUCGAAUAGUCAGUAAAGAUGAUGAUAUUGAUAUUUUGAUGGAUAUUAUUCCACUUCCAUGGGUAGUUAAGCCAGACGGUGCUGAAGAUUCUGUAGGUGUAUCUUUGGUCAGAACAACAGACCAGCUUGAUGGAGCUCUGGAAGAAGCUUAUAAACAUGACAACAUUGCAGUUGUGGAAAGGUUUAUUGCUGGUCGAGAAGUCAGAGUUGCGGUUUUAUCCGAUCAUGAGUCAAAUCUUAAAGUACUUCCACUAUUAGAAUACGUAAAUAUAAAAAAAGACGAAAUAAGAUCUUUUGAAGCCAAGCUUGAUGUUGACGAAAAAGGACUGCCAAUCGGUAAAGCUGCUUGCAGUAAACCUGUGUUUUUAGAUGAAGAGAAAGAACCUGAUCUUGUUCGAAAUCUUUCUGAAUGUGCAAAAAGUGCUUUUCGUGCUUUACAGCUGAGAGACUUUGGACUUUUUGACAUGAGGGUAGAUGACGACGGAAUACCCUGGAUACUGGAAGCAAAUCUGUUCUGUAGUUUUGGACCAAAAAGUGUAAUGAUGGGUAUGGCAAAACACGCUGGAAUCUCAUGUGACCAGUCCCUGAGCCAAAUGGUACAAAACGCUUUAGCAAGAAAUCAUUCUGUCGCAGUUUAAAAAAAAACAUUAUAUUUGCAUACUGGAAUGUUUGGUUAAGAAAAAACAUAGAAACAAAUCCAAAUUGGCAAAUCGUUGUGUGUUCUUUUUUUGUCUGUUUUUAUUUCCACUACAAAGAUUAGAAGAACUCUAUAAUCUUUCCACAGUCCCUCGUGCUCUCUCACGUAACCAGACAGGGUUCCCAAUACCCCAAUUUUUUUUUAAUUAUUAUUUUUUGGUUUCAACAAUUCCCCCUUCUGGAUUUACGAUUGUUUAGAAAAAUCCUCAACAACCAACAUGUAACAAUGUUCUUUAAACGCAAGCUAUGAUACUGGUUGAAACGAAUGAUCUAACGAAGUUUAACGUAAUAUACCACAACGUCUACUAUCGCUAUGUCCAUUCACAACUUUGACCAGGCUAUCUCGUCCCGCGUAAACUGCUUCUAUCGGUCCGACAUUCUAGUUGUGCCUUGAAGCGUCUACUUGAUGAAAAACACGACGUCUCCUACCUUUAUUUUCGC